AUGGCCGCCUUUCUUCGACAAAAGCAGACAGGCCUGCAAAAGGACCUGUCUGCGUCCAUUGUUCCCGACCUCUUUGCGCCCGAUUACCAGUCCACAUACGGCAUCAACUCGCAGGUCAGCUGCUUAGCCUACGAUCCGAUCCAGUCGCUUCUCGCAAUCGCUACCAACGAAUCUAAAUUUGGCCCUGGCAAGAUCUUCGUUUUCGGCCAGAGCAGAGUCCACAAGGUCAUCGAGCCGCCAAGACGCACAUCUUUUCGUUCGCUCCACUUCGCCGCCAACCGACUGGUCUCCCUUGACGCCAAGAACGAGCUGGGAGUAUGGGACCUCGAUACUGCAAAACGCAUCGCCGGCCUCGUCUGCCCUGGUCACGUCGCCUGCCUCCUCACGGACCCCAUGCUUGACUGGGCCUUCCUUGGCCUAGCCACCGGAGAGGUCUUGGCCUAUGAUCUGGACAGGGAGAAUAUCACGAGGUCAUUCCGGUUACCAAAUUUUUGGAAAGAGAAGGAUCCCAACGCUCGUGUGGUUGGGCUGGUGAGCAUCGCGCUGCACCCUAGAGACAUUGGCCAGAUGCUCAUCGCGUACACGACGGGCGCCGUCAUCUACUCAUUCAAGCAGAACAAACCAAUCAAGUUCUUUGAGUAUGUCCUGCAACCCGGCGCACCUGGCGGAGGAGGAGAGUCCGCGGACGCUGUUCGCCGACCGAGGCUUUCGCACGCCCUGUGGCACCCCACGGGCACCUUUAUCAUGACGGCCCACGACGACGGGAGCAUGGUGUUCUGGGACCCCAAGGAUGGUCGCAUAAUCAUGGCCAGAACUAUAAAUGAGAUGAAGGUCGACCAGCCAUCACCGCACGCAGACCAUGUCGGCUACACGGAGCCAUACGCACGCAUCGCUUGGUGCUGUAAAGAUAACCCGGACGACACUGGGUUGCUGAUCGCGGGCGGCCUGAGUCCUGAUGCUCCUCAAAAGGGGCUUACCUUUAUCGAGCUUGGACAAACGCCCAUCUAUGCCACUUCAUCAUGGCAAGUCCUCCAAGAUCACUUACACGGAAAACGCCAGAUCACCUUGCCGACACCGCCGGGUGCUCAGGUCGUCGACUUUUUGCUUAUUCCUCGCUCCUCGCCCUACUUCGCGGGCGCACAGGACCCCAUUGCUGUAAUGACACUCCUCUCUUCCGGCGAGCUUCUGACCAUGAGCUUUCCCUCGGGAUACCCCAUCAGCCCGACGAAUCAACUGCAUCCGUCCGUCUCCUUUGUUCACCCGUAUGUCAACAGGUUCGCUGUGCAAACCCUAGACCGUGGACGUUGGCUCGGCAUGGUGGAAACCAGAAACCAGGGUGAACCACUUCUGAAGGGUGGCGCCGAGGCGGCGAAGCCAAAGCGUAGGUACGAGGGUCGCACCAUCUUCCAGAUAGCCCAUGGCGACAGUACGGUGCGGUUAUGGGAUGCCGGCCAUGCCGAUGAAAUCGAGAACCCGACCAUGUUGCAGGUCGACGUUGCACGAUCGCUUGACCGCUACGAGGAUAUUGAUAUCAUGGCGAUGAACCUGGCGCCAAACACGGGCGAGUUCGCAGUGGGGACUCGCACUGGUGAGGUGGUCCUCUACAGAUGGGCCGGCAACAGAUUUUUCGGCAAAGAUCACCACGAAGACCUUCCGUCGAACCCAGGGUCUCUGACGGACAUUAGUUCGAGGGCAGAGCCCGGUCUUAAGGAAGGCCUGCAGCCGUGGCAGCUGUAUGAGAUGAUGCAGGGUUCCAUCUCGGCCAUUUGCGUCUCGGAUGUUGGAUUUGUGGCCGUUGGCUCGGAAGGCGGCUUUUUCAGCGUCAUCGACUUGCGAGGUCCUUCGGUCAUCUUCCAGGCCUCCAUGGCGGAAUUCGCCAAACAAGAAAAGAGAUCAUCUUUCCUCAAGGGAUCGCAUAACACUAGCCAAGGAAAAGAGUGGCCAGUAGCUAUUGAAUUCAGUGUCAUGACACUCGAGGGCGAUAACUACUCCAGCAUCUGCUGUUUCGUGGGCACCAACCUGGGACGAGUAGCCACCUUCAAGAUUCUGCCCUCUGGAAACAGCUACACCGUCAAGCUUGCCGGUGCCCAGCAGUUCGACGGCAAGGUCGUGGCCCUUUGCCCCAUUCAAGCUGACACUGGCAAGCCUGCAUACGCCACGGGACCCAUUGUGGCAGCGCUCAGAAAUGGCCAACAGGUCAAUGGCGUUUUGGUUGCUGUGACACAAACCGAGAUCCGAAUUUUCAAGCCUGCGAGCUCCAAGGGCGCAUCCAAGACAUUCGACGAUAUGCUGUGCGACUCGGCAAGUGUCACGGAGUUUGAGCUUCACGGUGUCGCCAUCGUCGGUGUGUUUGGCGACCGCACGACCCGUGCGUUCUCUAUCCCUGGCCUCAAAGAGAUUGGAAAAGCAUCACUUCCCAUGCUCGAUAGCAGCCGUAGUAUCUCAUCAGUGGUGACGCAGACUGGUGAUAUCUUCGGCUGGACCGGGCCCAGUGAGAUUGCCAUCCUCUCCGUAUGGGGGACUGGUAAUGACCUUCCGGUGAGCGCGGAUGUUCUCAUCAACCCAGAGAUUGUGACGCCGCCACGCCCUACUAUCUCGAACAUGCAGUGGCUUUCGGGAACGCAGCACGUCUCCCCAACCGACCUCGACUUGCUCAUCGACCCCAACCGUCCUCCCAGCAAGCGGAUGAUCGCAGCAGCGGCGGCAGAGGCGAGAGCUGCACGGGCUGGUGGACAAGCCGGUGCCGGCAGCGCCGGUGCUGCUGGGGGCAGCAACGAGGGUUGGGGCGACUAUUUGACUAGACAACUCAACGAGCGCACCGAGAAACUCAACAUCAUGAGUGACAAUAUGGAUCACCUGCAGAACCAGAGCCAGGGGUGGGCAGACGAUGUGGGCAAGUACCUCAACAAACAGAAAAGGAACGUCGUUCUUGGCGGCCUCAAGAGCAAGUUCUUCUAG